AUGUCCGGGGCCAGCCUUUCGUUCACGCUGAACAAGACGGUCGGAUUUGAGAUAUACGGCAGUGAUGACUGGAUGCAAGGCCUAUUCACCGUCACAGUGACAUCUCCCGGUGGUGAAUUCACCAUAGUGUCCGUACCAGAUAGUACGAUCGAAUACAGCUCGCGAUCGGGUUGGACGGCGCUGAGCCAGCUCAAAUACCUCGCAACAGGCCUCGAUUGUACACAGACGUACACCGUGGUGGUGAAGAAUCUGGGAAAUAUGUUCAACCUUGCCUCUGUCGUUGUCCACGAUGCAGUCCCCAGUUCAACUGUAUCUGCAAGCAGCUCGUCAUCGCGCACGAGCGGGGGACCUAUAAUGACCGCUGAGACUAUAGGCUCGAGACCUGCGUCGCUUGGUAGUGCUGCUGCAUCCUCAAGGGCACCAGCACCGAGUCCCGGUACAAGUGCUGAGGCUGGAAUUGCGGUUGGCGCAGUCAUGGGCGUCAUACUCCUGCUAGCUGUUGUACUCUGUCUUUGGCGCAGGAGGGAAUUGACAGGUGAACGCAACCACCCCCCAUCGCCUGAUACUCCCUUUCCGAGCUCCAGCGGAAAUAUACAUGCACCACCUGUGGAACAUACGCCCGCUCCACUGAUUCAGAGUCCGGUAGUGGAUAUAGGAGUCCACGAUACGGCUGGCCCCAAUAUCUACGAACAAGACGCUGGUCCGCUGGUCCUGCCUCCGAGCAUUUGCGACGAUCUUGACCCUGCCACUUGUGUCGAGAGUUGUGCAAAGGAGAAUGGCAGUGGAAAGCAUGAGACGCUACGCACGCAAUACAUACCGCGUUCGGGUACCUUGCGGAAUGACAACAAUGUCAGUAUUGACAAGCAAUGGGACAUGCUAGUAAGUGACGAGUUCUAUGCGAGAGCAGUUAGGAUGAAGCGCGUAAAGUGGAAUGACUCAGAUAGCGUACAGCCUGAGUUUGCCCUUCGUAUGGUGUGGUGGAUAGCAUGA